AUGGGUCGCGCAGGCUCACAAACCCUUAUCCAAAUCAUCAAGUGGCAUCAGUCGGGUGUCAAAGCUGCCGUGAACAACACCUCAAAUGCGACAGAGCUACGCCAAUAUGUGGCCGGUGCUCUAACACGGGCCGUGAAUGCCGAAGAGGCUUCAAAUUCCGGCUUAUUAAAGGUGUUCACAUAUGUGGAUGAGACAGAGCUCACAGCAAAUGGUUACAAUGCCCAAAUAGGCUCUGCAUCUCAGUUGUUGUCCCAAGAGAGUUCACCAUCCCAAGAAAGUGUCGAGUACGAUACAGUCAGUGACUGCCGUCUCUAUCACUCAACUCCAGAUGGCUUAUCGUCUAUCGUCUCCGCCCCCUUAGCCAGCCAUCAGCAAUAUGCUGCUGCUGUAUCGCCAUCGAAUAAGUUACUCGUCCAUGGAGACGAUGCACUUCAAUCUGAGGUUUUACCCAUAGACACCAGUCACUCAUCAUCAGAUGGCAGAGAAUCGUCGUCGAAUGCCGCUGAUGCUGGUUCGGAUGUUGGAUCCACCGGCGGCGCGUCGCUCCAGCUCCCAAGCCUCUAUCUCCCCGAGCCUGUCUGGCCGCUAAAUUCGGCAUCGGAGGCCAUGCUAUUCCGACAUUUUACUCAUAGCCUUGCUCCAUGGCUCGACCUCUGCGAUCCUCUUAGUGUCUUCCAGACCGUCGUGCCGCGACGGGCAGGCACUUGUCCCGUGUUGCUCAAUGCAAUCUUUGCACUUGCUGCUCGGCAUCUCAGUCACACAACCGGCUAUGACCACUUUGCCGCAAACCGUUACCAUGACAUGUGCCUCAACUCACUCAUUCCCCUUCUACAACAUGGUGUUGGCUUUUCGGACGAGAACCUUUUCGCGGCUACCAUCAUUCUCCGAGUCCUAGAGGAAAUGGAAGUAAGAAACAUGGGUGUCGAUACCAAGGGCUACCUCCUCAGUAUCCAUAAGUUUGUUGGCCACGGGGAUCGCUAUAUUGCACCCCACAGUCUCUCCGCUGCAGCCUUCUGGGUCGGGCUCAGGCAGGAGAUCUACAGUGCCGUCAUGAACCACCAACCUGUCCGAGUCAAUCUAGAGAUACCCAUCGUCGACAGAUCCUUGGAGCCCACAGACGACGAUGCCACCUGGGCCAACCGUGCAGUCACGUACUGUGCUGACGUGCUAAACUUUUGCUUCAGUCAAGACUACGAUGUUUCCCCUAGCCCAGGAUCGGGAAGUGGUGACAGGGUCACAGGGGCGAGCAGCGGCACAUUUUCAACGACUGAAAGAUGGCACAGGCUGAGCGAAUGGGGGCGGGCCUGGCAGAUGUCUCUCCCCAAGUCGUUUGUGCCAAUACUGGACAAGAAGCGCUCUGAAAAGGAAGCUUUUCCCGAGGUCUGGUACCAAACAUCUUGUCAAAUCAUUGGAAUCCAGCACCACAUUUUAGCCGAGCUUUUCCUCACCAGGUUUGACCCAAAGAUUCCCCGAAUAGGAGGACAGAGAAAAUCAGCAACACGGCGAAUGACGCAUCACAUCCAGCACCUGGUGCGUCGUUUGUGUGGCAUAGGCCUUCACAACGAGUGGUCACCACCGGCACUUUUCACUGCUUGCAUGGGGGUAGCUGCCUUCGGUGACCGAUUCGACAACAGAAAAGAUCAGGAUGCCCUUCUAGAGAUACUUACUCGUACUUCACGAGACCAUGCGCGGCCAACUGAAUCCGUGCAGAAACAGAUGAUGGAAUCGUGGGGAUGGAUUGCUGAUGACGACGACGACAACAACAAUGAAAACGAUAACGAGUGA